AUGACAGAAUCUGAGUACCUCGACGACUGCACGCUGCAGCUCUCCCACAAUGGCACCUACCUGGACCUGGAAGCCACCCUGGCAGAGCAGCGGGACGAGCUAGAAGGCUUCCAGGAUGACGCUGGGCGGGGCAAGAAGCACAGCAUCAUCCUGAGGACACAACUGUCCGUGAGGGUCCACACCUGUAUCGAAAAACUGUACAACUCCAGCGGGCGAGAUUUAAGAAGGGCCCUUUUCUCCCUGAAGCAGAUAUUUCAGGAUGACAAGGAUUUGGUGCAUGAAUUUGUGGUGGCUGAAGGUCUGACCUGUUUGAUCAAGGUGGGAGCUGAGGCCGACCAGAACUAUCAGAACUACAUCCUGAGGGCUCUGGGCCAGAUUAUGUUGUAUGUGGAUGGGAUGAACGGAGUAAUAAACCACAAUGAAACCAUUCAGUGGCUGUACACUCUCAUCGGGUCAAAGUUCCGCCUGGUGGUGAAGACGGCCCUGAAGCUGCUGCUGGUCUUUGUGGAGUACUCGGAGUCCAACGCACCCCUUCUGAUCCAGGCAGUCUCUGCUGUGGACACUAAAAGAGGAGUUGUACCCUGGUCAAAUAUCAUGGAAAUCUUGGAGGAAAAAGACGGGGUCGACACAGAGCUGCUAGUUUAUGCGAUGACUUUAGUGAACAAGACGUUGUCAGGAUUGCCAGACCAAGAUACCUUCUACGACGUGGUGGACUGCCUAGAGGAGCUGGGCAUUGCGGCCGUGUCCCAGCGGCACUUGAACAAGAAAGGGACUGACCUGGACUUAGUGGAGCAGUUGAACAUUUAUGAGGUGGCACUGCGGCAUGAGGAUGGUGAUGAGACGGCUGAGCCACCCCCCAGUGGGCGUCGGGACCGGAGGAGGGCCAGCCUGUGUUCCGGGGGCGGCGUGGGCGAGCAGCGGGGCCUGGACCGCAGGCGCAGCCGCAGGCACUCAGUGCAGAGCGUCAGGGGUCCCCUGUCGGCCCCCACCAGUCCCUGCUCCCAGGCGGUUCCAGGCUUCAAGCCCAGUCAAGUGCGGGAUCUCCGUGAAAAGGAUGAGGAGGAGGAGGAGGAGGAAGAGGAGCAGCCAGUCACGGAGCCCAAUUCAGAGGAAGAGAGAGAGGAUGAUGCCCCCUCUCAGGGCAAGGACAGCCAGGCCAGCACUGCCUCAGAGCAGAAGCCCACUGAACAGGAAAGCCCAGCCCCCGCUCCUGCCUCCAGCGCCACCUCCACCUCGCAGGGAAAGCAGCUUCCAGCCAGCACUGCAGGGGGGAGCCCCUGGGGCAGCGGGUCCUCUGUGCCUGCCCUGCUGCCUCACCCCACCCCUGCCUCUCGGACCUCCACAUCUGGCCCCCCGAAGGCAUCGCAGACCAUAGAAAAGCUGCCCUAUGUGCCCCACAGUCCCUUCCACCUCUUCUCCUAUGACUUUGAAGAUUCACCCUUAUCCACCAAGGAAAAGGAAGCCGAGGCCCAGAAGGAAAGCAGUGGCUCUGACUCCCUCCAUCUGAGCACAUACUCUGCCUCUGAUCCUUACAACUUCCGGUCUUUCUCUUCUAAUAGAUACAACAACUUUGGCAACCACUCUUAUCACUCUUCAAGACCUUCGUCUGGAUCUGCUGUGCCCACCGCUUCUACAUCAUCUCUUCCAACCCCCCAGGAGCCCAGGCUGGACAGGUCAUCACUGAGUGGUCUUCUCACAUCAUCCUUUAGGCAGCACCAGGAGUCCCUGGCAGCCGAGAGAGAGAGGCGGCGGCAGGAGAGAGAAGAAAGGUUGCAGAGAAUAGAACGGGAAGAAAGGAACAAGUUCAGCCGAGAGUAUUUAGGCAAAAGAGAGGAGCAAAGACAAGCAAGAGAAGAAAGAUACAAAUACUUGGAGCAGUUGGCAGCUGAGACGCACGAGAAGGAACUGAGAAGCCGGAGUGUGAGCCGGGGCAGAGCUGACCUCUCCUUGGACCUGACCUCACCAGCCGCCCCCGCCCCUCUGAGCCCUGGCCCUGCAUCUCUAGACUCACAAGGGGCUCUCCCCGGAGCAUCGUCCUCCCCGGGAACACCUCAGUAUCCCCAAGUGAGCACCCAGGACCCUGCGCCAGAACCGGGACCAGAGGAGGAGGUGGGGCAGGUGGCCGAUGAUGCCAACCAGGAAGUAGCCCCUGCCCACGUGGGGACUGAGAGCGAAGUGGAGCAGGAACUGGAAGAGCGAGCCUCCCUCAGUGAGAAGGAGAGGAGGAACGAGGAGGUGAACGAGAGGGACAACUGCUCUGCCUCGAGCAUCUCAUCCUCCAGCAGCACGUUAGAGAGGGAGGAGAAGGAGGACAAGCUCUCCAGGGACAGGGGCACUGGUUUGUGGUCCGCGGGGGUUCAGGAUGCCAGUGUAAAUGAACAGUGUGGCGACAUCCUCACCAACAAACGCUUCAUGCUGGACAUGCUGUAUGCCCAUAACAGAAAGCCCACGGAUGCCGAGGAGAAGGGGGAGGGCGAGCCCGCGGGCGCUGAGCAGGGGGCAGAGGCGGUGCCCAGCCUGGCCAGCAGGAUAUCCACGCUGCAGGCCAGCUCCCUGGCACAGGACGAGAGUGUCAGGAGGGUGGACGUGGGCUGCCUGGACAACCGGGGCAGCGUGAAAGCCUUCGCGGAGAAAUUCAACAGCGGGGACCUAGGGAGAGGGCCCGUCUCCGACACCCAGCCUGAUGACACGGUCCCGGAGAAAGCAUCCCCCCAGCCCAAGACGGAGUCCGACCACAUCUGGGACCAGCUCAUGGCCAACCCAAGGGAGCUCAGAAUCCAAGACAUGGAUUUCACCGACCUGGGAGAGGAGGAUGACAUCGACGUCCUAGACGUGGACCUGGCUCCACCCUUGCUGGACAGUGUGCCUCCCCCUCCCAUCCCCGGUAAUUUAUUGGCUCCUCCUCCAGUAUUCAAUGCUCCUCAGGGCUUAGGGUGGCCCCAGGUACCCAGGGGUCAGCCGGCAUUCACGAAGAAAAAGAAGACCAUCCGUCUGUUCUGGAAUGAAGUGCGGCCUUUCGAGUGGCCAUGUAAGAACAACCGGCGCUGCAGAGAAUUCCUGUGGUCAAAACUGGAACCUAUCAAGGUGGACACUUCCAGGCUGGAGCACCUGUUCGAGUCUAAGUCUAAGGAAUUGUCCGUCUCAAAGAAAACUGCCGCAGACGGAAAAAGGCAGGAGAUCAUCGUACUGGACUCGAAGAGGAGCAAUGCCAUUAACAUCGGGCUGACGGUGCUGCCCCCUCCAAGAACGAUCAAGAUCGCCAUCUUGAAUUUUGAUGAAUAUGCCUUAAAUAAAGAAGGAAUUGAGAAAAUUCUAACCAUGAUCCCCACGGAAGAGGAGAAGCAGAAAAUCCAGGAGGCCCAGCUGGCAAACCCUGAGGCCCCGCUGGGCAGUGCGGAGCAGUUCCUCCUCACGCUCUCCUCCAUCAGCGAGCUCUCGGCGAGGCUCCACCUCUGGGCAUUUAAAAUGGACUAUGAAACCACAGAAAAGGAAGUGGCAGAACCACUCCUGGACCUGAAGGAAGGAAUAGACCAGUUGGAGAACAAUAAAACCUUGGGCUUCAUCCUGUCUACUCUCUUAGCCAUCGGGAACUUUCUAAAUGGAACUAAUGCCAAAGCGUUUGAGUUAAGCUACCUCGAGAAGGUUCCAGAAGUAAAAGACACCGUGCACAAGCAGUCGCUCCUCCACCAUGUGUGCACCAUGGUGGUGGAGAACUUCCCCGACAGCUCCGACCUGUACUCAGAGAUCGGGGCCGUCACCAGGUCAGCCAAGGUUGACUUUGAUCAGCUUCAGGAUAAUUUAUGUCAGAUGGAGAGACGAUGCAAAGCUUCAUGGGAUCACCUCAAGGCAAUUGCAAAACAUGAAAUGAAACCCGUUUUAAAACAACGAAUGUCAGAGUUCCUGAAAGACUGUGCUGAGCGAAUUAUAAUUUUAAAGAUUGUCCAUAGGAGAAUCAUUAACAGGUUCCAUUCCUUUCUGCUCUUUAUGGGGCAUCCACCUUACGCGAUCCGGGAAGUGAACAUAAAGCGGGCCAACCACAGAGAGAGAAAUAAGACUAGGGGGAAGAUGAUCACUGAUACUGAUGAAGAGGAUGACAUGGAGUCCGGCAAAUUCUCCAGCAGUUCACCAGCACCUGCGAGCCAACCACAGGGCCUGAGCUAUGCCGAGGACGCCGCUGAGCACGAGAACAUGAAGGCUGUGCUGAACACCUCGUCUCCGGCCAUGGAUGAUGCCACCCCGGUGCUGGGCGUCCGCACACGCAGCCGGAUGAGCCGAGGAUCCGCUAGUUCAUGGACCAUGGGAACCGAUGACUCACCGAAUGUCACGGAUGACGCCGCUGAUGAGAUCAUGGACCGCAUCGUCAAGUCAGCCACCCAGGUGCCCAGUCAGCGAGUGGUGCCCCGGGAAAGGAAGCGCUCCCGGGCCAACCGGAAAUCUCUACGAAGGACCCUGAAGAGCGGCCUGACUCCAGAAGAAGCCCGAGCCCUGGGCCUGGUGGGCACCUCGGAGCUGCAGCUGUGACCCAGGGGGCACCCUAAGAAGUGUGCCUGAGCAGAGUGCAUGCUCCUGCUGGACGGAGCCCCUGUCAGCAUUAGCAUCGAAAGGUCUGAAAGAAAGUGCCCAUCUCUCGGUGGCGCCACGGGGCUGUGUUGCGUGCUGCGCGCUGACAUGGAGUCUCCUUCCUGUACUUUCUCUUGUUUCUGUGACACCUGGUUUAGUAGUUCCAAAGUGAGACACCUUUUCUGUGCAAGGAACGGACCUUUUCCGGAGCAGAUCACUCUGUCACAGUGACUAAGGGCAUAUGAGGCAGUUGGAUUGGAUUCACAGCCUGGGUCUCUCCACACCACCAAAGUAUCCAGAUGUAAAACCCAAACUGUACACAAAGGAAAACACAGGCUGUUGACCAGUUGUGGAUUUUAGAUGUACUAAAUGUUUAUAUGGAUUCAUAAAUGUACACCAUGUUUCAGAUACUAAAUAAAUGGAGUUUAAUGUCA